UCUAGUUACAAAGCUAUCUACUAGGAAUUAAAAAUGAGAGUUGCAAAAAUAAGUAUCUGAAAUAUUAAGAGAGAUACUGUUGAAAAAGCUGGUUUUUUGUGAAUGCAUGCCACAAUUUGAGAACAGAGGCUAUUUUUAUGGACAACCAUUUAUCUUGCUUUCAACGUGGAGAAAAAGGACUGCAACAGACUUCAACCUGUUCUUUGAUAAGUCAUCGAUAGGGAACACUGCAUAAACACCUGAAAAAAUGUUAUAAAAUAGAAAGAAACAAUACAAGUGAAGAUGCUGUGAGAUUUAAUAAUAGGAAAGAAGAGAAGUGAACAUAUCCUGGAGUUCGUCUUGUGAAAAGGAUUGAAGUGGCUCACACUGGAGAAAAUCACUCAAAUGCUAGUAUUUUGAGUGAAAAAAUGAAUUGUAUACGACAUGAAAUGACCCACGCUGGAGAAAAACCAUUUGAAUGCCUGUACUCUGAAAAGAGUUUUUGUGUUGAAGAGAGUUGUAUACGGCAUGAAAUGAUCCAUACUGAAGAAAAACCAUUCAAAUGCCAGUAUUGUGAAAAGGGUUUCAAUGUUAAACGGAAUUGUAUAAGGCAUGAAUUGAUCCACACUAGAGAAAAAAAAUUCAAAUGCCAGUAUUGUAAAAAGAGUUUUAGUGAAAAAAGGAAUUGUAUACGACACGAAAGGACCCACACUGGAGAAAAACCAUUUGAAUGCCAGUAUUGUGAAAAGAGCUUCAGUACUAAACAGAGUUGUAUACGACAUGAAAUGAUCCACACUGGAGAAAAACCAUUCAAUUGCCAGUAUUGUGAAAAGGGUUUUAAUGUUAAAGAAAAUUGUAUAAGGCAUGAAAUGAUCCACACUGGAGAAAAAAUAUUCAAAUGCCAGUAUUGUAAAAAGAGUUUUAUUGAAAAAAUGAAUUGUAAACAACAUGAAAGGACUCACACUGGAGAAAAACCAUUUGAAUGCCAGUAUUGUGAAAAGAGCUUUAGUACUAAACAGAGUUGUAUACGGCAUGAAAUGAUCCACACUGGAGAAAAAACAUUCAAAUGCCAGUAUUGUGAAAAGGGUUUUAAUGUUAAACAAAACUGUACAAGGCAUGAAAUGAUCCACACUGGAGAAAAAAUAUUCAAAUGCCAGUAUUGUAAAAAGAGUUUUAUUGAAAAAAUUAAUUGUAUACGACACGAAAGGACUCACACUGGAGAAAAACCAUUCAAAUGCCAGUAUUGUGAAAAGAGCUUUAGUAUUAAACAGAGUUGUAUACGGCAUGAAAUGAUCCACACUGGAGAAAAAAUUUUCAAAUGCCAGUAUUGUGAAAAGGUUUUUAAUGAAAAAAUGAAUUGUACACGACACGAAAGGACUCACACCGGAGAGAAACCAUUUGAAUGCCAGUAUUGUGAAAAGAGCUUUAGUAUUAAAUAUAGUUGCAAACGGCAUGAAAUGGUCCACACUGGAGAAAAACCAUUCAAAUGCCGGUAUUGUGAAAAUAGUUUUAGUGUAAAAAGUAAGUGGAAACAACAUGAAAUGAUUCACACUGCCAUUUCACUUCAGUCUAUAAAAAAGGAAUUACAAGUGGAGGAUGUACAACAUGACCCUAUGAUUUCAAUACAGUCUGUAAAAAAGGAAUUUCAAAAAGAGCUUAACCCAUAUCAGACAAAGGAGGAGAGCAAAUCACAUACAGAACCUGUAGUGAAAAUGGAGUUUAAUGAUAACAACACUCCAGGAGUGAGACCUGAAAUAUAUCCUGUUGCUAUGUUUAGAAAUGUAUUUUCAAAUACUGAUGUUUGAUUUCUGAUCAAUCAUAAAAUAACAGGUUAAGUUGGGCAUUAAAUUUAAGAUUAAUUAUUGUAUGACUAAACGUUAAAACAAUAACAACCGAAGUUAAGAUUUCCUUUUUAAGUCAUUAAUUUUUUUUUUGAAAGAAAAAGUGUGACAGUUAACAGAAAUAAGCACCAAUACCACACAGUUGAAUCAAUUAAGAGUUGCACUGUCAUGCUAUUGUGUUUUACUCGAGUAGUUUUGCUGAGGUACACAAUACCAUCGUCAACAGUAGGGAUUUCAAUAACAGAUCAUUCACGAUCUCUUCAUAGUACCUAUAUUUACACAGACCAAGUUGCCCCUCAAUUUUUAUUGCAUAUUAAUGGAGAGUUAAUUUAAUUUGCUAGAGGUUUCAAUAAAAACUCACCAGCUGGCAAAUACUCGCCCAGGAACCAGCUGCCACACAAUGACACUGAGUGCGUAAUAGUAUGGUAUUUCACAAGUUAAAUUUUCGUCAGAGGGGGGACAUAAAAAUACUUUUUCCAAAAUAAUGGAAAAAUUUUCAAGACUGAGAGAGACAAGAAAGCAAUAAUGAUUGUUUUUAAUUGCUUUUCUUUUUCUGUUAUUGAAAUCCCUACUGUUGACAAUGCUAUUGUGUACCUCAGCAAAACUACUCCAGUAAAACACAAUAGCAUAACAGUUUGUCAGAUAAACCAAACUUACCUUUUUACAUAUCUUUUGUCCAUCAAUCACUGAAAAGUUCUUGUAUUCUCUAUUGCUUGUACAUAAAGUGCUGCUUCAGCCUUCAUUGAAAUGCUGAUUGGUUAAAAAUAAUGGGAAGAAGGGAAAAUGUUGCACUGAACUUAUUUAAGGUCAUGUGG